GUUGUCAAAAAUUCUUUCCGAGUGGUUUUCACAGUUCUGUUGUGCUGGAGAAAUUGCAAUAAUUAAUAAAUUCGUUGGAAAUUAUGUGUAAAUAGUCCAAUAGAAUGGUUGCAAAAUAUACAAGAAAUAUCGAAAUAUUGAUAAAAGUGUAAUAAAAUUAACAGCGAUAUAGUUUAGUGGGAAAAGGAAGUAAAAGAAAAGUGGAUGCAGGAGUACGCAGUCCAGCGAAUGGAGAGAAAUUUUGAUGAUUGGCAAAAUGCUUGUGCGUGUAUCAGUUUGCGCACGAAUAAAAAAGCAAAGGAAGUUGAAGCGAUAAGAAAUAUAUAAAAAUAUUUGAGUAUUUCUUUCCUAUAGCAAUUAACAUAAAAAACGUAAGGCUAUUCUCUAAAUUUCACAAAUUAUGUGAAGAAAUGUAUACAAAGCGGUAGUCUUGCUGAACUUGAUCUGAUUGGCAGCAACUAGAGCAUUAACUGCCUUCACGCUAAAGCGGGGGCGUCAAAUUUCAUGGCUUGUGUGCCACCGUGCAAAAAUCUAAAUAUUUGAGUGUAAUUCCCGAGGUAAUUAAAACCCGGUUGUUGUAAGAGGCACCGUGAGCUCAACAAUUACAUCAAUGACCAAAAACUUCCGAGGACCCAAAACUUUAGUACAAUAAAAUAAAAGCAAUUCCAAAUUUCCAAAUAUAUAACCAUAAUACAUCCCCUGGACCAAGUUACUACAUAUAUCAAUCAUUAUACAUACUUUGAGAUACAUUUUCUUUUUGGGCUACGAAUAUUUCGGCUUUCCAACGCAUACAAUUCGAUUUACGGCAGCCUUCAGUGCCAGUGGCUAUCGCCUAUCCCCGCCAGCACAACUCCCUGCCUUGCAACAAACCAAAAGAAAUAAAAGAAAACAAAAAUUGCCAACAUGAAUUCAACUAUGCACGUCAAUAGCGUCACUAUCAUCACCAGUAACAGCAAUAGCUAUAAUCACACCAACAGCGCCAACACCAACAAUAUAACGAACACAACCAACAGCAAUGUAAAUAAUACAAACAACUUGCCUGCCACUGCACCCGCCGCUACAAACUAUACAACAACUACGCACAUAACGACAAGUAGCGAUUCAGCGGCUUCAACCGCAGCGGCCGCUGGAGGGGAUACCGUAAAUACUCCGCCGUUAACCAAUAACAUCAGCAGAAAGAAUAUAUCGGCGCUCGACGAUCAAGAGGCGUUGCUGCAACGUGCAGCCGAUGAACGUGAAGCAAUUUUCAAUCGCUACUCACUAGGUUUGGAUCCUAAGAAUGUGGUUGACCCUUGGGAGAAUCCCACAUUUGAGUUAUAUCACAUUACGGACAAAUAUGGCUUCAUGCACGACUCCCGCCUGCCUGAUACCCGCGACUCACAGGAGCUGCAGCGAACCAAAAUUGAAUUGGAGCGCGACAAGAAAUGGGUGAAAAUGCUUGCCAAUUGGAAUCCCAACAACGAGAAGGUGCGACGACGUGUCUUCAAAGGUAUACCGGAUCGUAUGCGUUGGCCAGCAUGGAAAAAGUUGCUGAAUGUUGACGAAUUAAUAGCGGCCAAUCGUGAUACAUAUGCGUCUAUGUUAGCAUUGGCGCGCAAAUACUCCACCGAGGUGCGACAAAUCGAUUCUGAUGUGAAUCGCCAAUUUCGUGAUAAUCUCGCUUACCGCCAGCGGUAUAGCGUUAAGCAGUGCUCUCUAUUUAAUGUGCUAAAUGCGUAUAGCAUAUAUAAUCCAGAAUUGGGUUAUUGCCAAGGUAUGGCUUGCUUGGCUGGUGUGCUCUUACUCUAUAUGCAAGAGGAGGAGGCAUUUUGGGCACUCAAUCAAUUGAUCUUUGAUCGGAAGUAUGCUAUGCAUGGUUUAUUUAUUGAGGGCUUCCCAAAAUUGACGCGCUUCCUAGAACAUCACGAUCGGAUAUUAUCGAAGUUGAUGCGCAAGCUGCAUCAGCAUUUUAUGAAGCACAAUGUCGAUGCCAUUUUGUAUUCGAUCAAGUGGUUCUUUGUGAUCUUUGUGGAGCGGAUACCAUUUAGUUUAGCUUUACGCGUUUGGGACAUCUACCUGUUGGAGGGUGAGCGUGUCGUCACCGCCAUGGCCGUUACUAUACUCUAUUUGCACAAGCACGAUUUAUUGCGUCUCAACGAUAUGGAUUCAAUUAUUGAAUACUUACAAGUGAAAUUGCAUAAAAAUUUCGGCUACAACGAUGACUACGUAAUCGAAGCACUCGAACGUAUGUUGAAGAAAUUAAAGGAGUUAAAAUUGGAUAUAGCGCCACCGCCAAAGGCCAACGAAUUUCCCGCCCGACCAUUGGGACAAUUUGUGGAGGCUGAUGUUGAGAAGAAGAUCGGCCGGCGACGUUCUGAAUAUACCGAUACGGAAAAGCAAGUUAUAACUGAUGUGAUAUUGAGAUCUGAGCAAAAUGCAGUAGAAGUACAAUCAACCAUGUCGUACGAGACCUCUGAAUGUGCUACCGGUGAUGCAUAUUCAAUGAAAACGUAUCGAAGUAUCACUAGUUUAGCCACCUCACCGGCUGUUAGCAGUUAUUCACUAUAUAGUAAUGGAUUUGUUGUCACCACCAACAAUAAAAUUUACAAUGACAUUGACAAUAACGCAUACAAUAACGGUCAGAAUAAGAUCGGCGGCCACAACAGUCAGAGUCACAGUCACAGUCAUAAUUAUAGGCACAGUAAUAGCUAUAGUUAUAGCCAUACAGCGUUACCGUUACUAAAUCAUACGGACGUUGAAGUUGACUAUCCGAACAUUGAUGAUGAUUUACCGCCAGACUUUAACGAAAAUGCUGACAUAGACGACGAUGAGCUCAGCGUACAAAAUACUCGGUUAUAAAAAAAAAAAAAUAUGUACUUAUGUAUGUAUAUGCAAAAAUUUAGUUAUUCCAUAUUUAGAAGCAUACUUUAUUUAAGUAUAGUAAUAAAUACACACAUACAUACAUACAUACAUACACAAUAUGCCAAUUUAUUAAAACGUAAGUUUAAAUAUUCUAAUGGAUUCUUGUAUGUAUUCGUAUUAAUGCAUUUAUUAAUUGAAAAAAUUGAAAGCAUCUAGAAAAAAAUGCUCUGAGAGAAAUUCUUUUCUUAAGUAUGCAGCAUAGUAUAUCCACGCGUUUUUAGUUAAAUUCAUUAGCAUUGUCUCGUAUUUUUGUAUUAUGCUUUUUUUAUAAAUAUUUGCAAAUGCAAAUAAUAUGUAUGAAAUUUUUGCUUAAAUUAAUCUUAUAAAUAUAGCUUGUUCAUAUGUAUAUGAAUUUUUUGUAAACUUUUGAAUCUCCUCAGAAAUUGUUUUCCGCUAAUGCUAUUACCUUCAAGACUUAUACAAAUUUAUGGUAACAUUCCCUUAUCUCUACAGUAUUUCCCUCUUUUAUUUAUUUUUUUUUUUAAGUGAAAAUGGUACUGAAUUUUUAAAAUUUAGGCGAGGGUGAACUGAAAAGUGGAAGUACUCGGCAAGCUAACAACACUCUUGCGAUUCAAACUGAAUUUUUGUCUCUUAAUUCAAAUACGUUUAGUCCGAGAAUUCGAACGAUAUGGGUAUGAAUUCGUAGUCUUUAUUAAUCAAAAUCUUGUCGUCUUGCUUCUCAUAUCAUGAAUUUGACUCCGCAGAACUUUUUUUCAGUCUUUAGUCAAGCCGCCUUCCGUCCAAAAGUACUUUUUCUUAUGAUUUUAUUGCCUUUUCGUUUCUAAAAGGGAUUAGCCUUCGGCAGGUAUGGGCAAAUAUCUGUGUGUAUUUCUGCCGGGUGAAGGCAACAAAUAAAAACAGCUGGCGUUUGGAAAACUAUUGAUCUUUCACAUUAAGAGCAUAAAAUCAAAAUGCUCUCUACGAUUUUUAGAAUAAAUUUAACCAGAACUCUUCCUAGAUUAUGUACAAUUUUUUUUUUGUUAUCGGAACUGAUUUGUUUUCAGUUCGCCCUCGUAUCGAUAAAAAAAAAAAA